AUGCAGAGUGUCAUCGGAAAAUAUGACUUCGUUGUUUCCCAUGACAUUCGACAAUCCGAUUGUUUUGGCCUAAAAACGCCUUUUGCAAGAACCAAAAAGGGUAACGCGGGCGUACAGAACGCGAGUUUGAUAUAUCUCAAAAAAAAUGUACAAAAAGUGAACUGUUCACACUUGAUUACAACUCGGAAGACUUCUUUUCCUCCAUUUAGUCGUAGUCCGUUUCGACCGUCGCAGAUACAACUAUUCAAGUCGAACUUCACCGCGGCGCAACCGAUCCGAGUUCCGAUCACUGAGUCAGCCGGCAGAGGUGUGUUCGCGACUAGGACGAUCGGAGCUGGUGAACUCAUCCACGCGGCCAAUCCCAUGUCUCUCACCGUUCUCGAUCUCUCUCUACAACAACCGGUGUUUGCUAUUUUACAACAACCGGUGUUUGCUAUUUGUGCCUCAGAAUUCUCAGAAACAGAACUACAUCUGAAUGCGAGGAACAAUCUCAGGAGGUGCAGAUGGCAUAGGGGGAGAAAUGCUACCAUCCAUGAGAUCGUGAGUGGUACUGCAAGGGAUCUUGUUCCUCACCCUGACAGAGAGGACAAGGGUAUUUGGACUCAGACCCCUUCUGGGAUUUAUAGUGCCAAAUCUUCGUGGAUGGCUAUAUGAUCUUGUAGCCCAAUGGUGGAUUG